AUGUUUAUCGAGUUGAUUCAAUACAUUUUUCUGCUCCUUAUAUCCCAUUCGAUUAAUUCUUGUUCUGCUAGCACUCAAAUGGUGGUAGUAUGGGGAAAACUGUUAGAUGGACAUAAUUGCACAUCGACGACGUCGAUAACCGAUUGGGAUGAGUGCUAUACGACUUGCGCUUCAUCUACAACAUGCACUGCUGCUUAUUUGUCAGCCGGUUCUUGUGAUUUAUGCCAGACUAGCGAAUCCUUUACAGCACAGGAAGUUGAUCCAAAUUCCGGUGACAAAAUUCCGACACCAUUUAGUGAAUGCCCGGCGAUUCCAUUCAAUGGAACUUCUAGAGAAGGAAGUAUGUUGCUAACUUCAACAUUGAAUGUUAGCUAUAUUCUAAUAGAGGAUUCGGGAUAUUUCCGUUACAUAUACUCUGUAAUAAAAAUUUGUCCCGAAGGCUGGCAAAGGUUCGAAAGAGCUUCUGGUACCAGAUGCCUUCGAGUUUUCAAGCAAGACACUGCCGUUAACAAUGCCCAAGCCGAGCAGCUUUGUCAACAACAAGACGCAAUAUUAUCUGGGAUUGAAAAUCAGAACGAAGUCGAUUUCAUUCAACGUAUUUUCUAUUUCGUCAGGGUUGAAUCAUCGGAAAGUAUGCCGCCAACUUCACAAAGUGGAAUAGUUGGAGUAUGGUUAGGUGCCAGACGGUUGUCAUCUUGCCGUGGUAAAGACUGGAGAUCAUACCCCGGGUGUUCGGAAAAAUCAUUUGAAUGGACGGAUCCCUCAAUUACUGGCACGGCGGGAUUCGUAUUCGCAGCUAAACAACCGGAUGGUGUCAUUGACGCCAACAAUAAUCAGCAAGACUGCUUAUUCUUGUAUUCAAAUUCGGGACAAAUCGAGGAUCAUUAUUGUACGGCGACAUGUGAAAUUGACGGAAAGUGUCGGUAUAAAAUGCUCUCAUAUGUGUGUAGCAGACCGCCAGGAUAA